AUGAAGGGCGGCUUCAAGGAGCAGUUCCUUAGCGCCGUGUCGGCGGCCGCCCAUACGGCGGUCAGCGCGGGCAAGGCCGCCUCCAAGUUUGUGCAGCAGGAGGCGCUGGGGGCGCAGUGCCUGCUGGACUAUGCUGUGGGGGGGCAGGUGGCCACCGCCGGCUCGGGCCACGCCCUGUGGCGCAUCUUCACGGCCCGGAGCAAGAAGGAGGGCUCGCCGCACCCUGUGGUCAGCGCCUGGAUACUGGACAAGCGGGAGCUCACGCAGACGGAGGAGCAGCUGUACGGCGGGCACGGCGGCGGCGGCGGCGGCGGCGGCGGCCUCACCCGCCCCUCCCAGCGCCGGCUGGACGCGUUUGUGGAGCAGUGCCGGCACGACGUGCACGCCCUGGCCCGCCUCAAGCACCCCGGCGUGCUGCGCCUCAUCGCGCCGCUGGAAGAGACCCGCACCCAGCUUGUGUUCAUCACAGAGCAUGUCUUUGCCUCGCUGGCAGAUCUGCUGGGCGGCGGCGGCGGCGGCGGCGGCGCGCCCGGCGCGCUGCCGCCCGCGGUCGCGCAGGAGCGCCAAGCGCUGCGCCUGUCUGAGCUGGAGAUCAAGCACGGGCUGCUGCAGCUGGCGGACGCGCUCCACUUCCUGCACUCUGAUGCGGGCCUGUUGGCCGGCUUUGGCUUCUCCGCCCCGCUGGAUUACAAGGCUCCCAACCAGCACAAGCCUUACGACUACAGCGACCCAGACCCCUCCCUGCUCCAGCUGGCGGGCCAGCCCCCGCUGCCUUACGUGGCGCCAGAGCUGGUGGCCGGCGGCGGCGCGGGCAUCACGGGCGCAGCCGACGUCUUCUCUCUGGGAGCGCUGGCCUUCCAGCUGCUGACGAGGCGCCAGCUGCUGCCCGUGGGGCACAGCCUGGGCGAGUACGAGAGCCGGCUGCACAGCCUGACGCUGGUCUGCGCCGUGGACAAGUCUGCCCCCACAGUGAUGUGUGUGCUGGCCCUGGGGGCGGCGCUGGGGCGGCAGCACGGCCCCCGGCUGAGCGCGGAGCGCGUUCUGCCCGCGCUGGUACCGCUGCUGGUGGCGCCCACCCUCACCUCCCAGCAGUUUGGCGCGGCCAUGAAGACGGUCCGCGAGCUGCUGGGCGGCAUAGAGAGGAGCAGAGCGGGGGCAGGCAGUGGCGCGGGGGCAGGCCCCGGCAGCGGUGUGGCACACGGCGGCGGCGGCGGCGGCGGAGGUGCGGGAGGCAGGCAGGCCGCGCCGCCGCCCGCCGACUGGAUGGCGGCGACGGAGGUUGGGCCCCUGGGCAGCAGCAGCAGCCCCACCGGUACCGCCGGUACCGCCAGUACCACCAGGCCUGCCGCCCCCGCGCCCGCAGCAGGCGUGGCCAAUGGCGGCAACCCGCUGGCGGGCCUGCAGCUGCAGGCGCCCGCCGCUCGGCCGGCCGCGCCCGCUGGCCCCGGCAGCGGCGGCGGCGGCGGCGGCUUUGGGGUGGCAGGCGGCAGGGUAGGGUCAGGCUGGCCCAUAGGCCUGGCAGCAGGCAGCAGCCCGCUGGCACCAGCCGCCCCCGCCGCCUCGGCGCAGCCGGGGUGGGCCUUUGGCGGGGCCGGCGGCGGCGCCGCCGCAGCAGGCGGCGGCGGCUUUGGGGCGAGCCCAGGCGCCAGCCAGGGCGCCAGCAGCGGCGCCGCCUCGCUUGCCGACCCCUUUGCCGGCUUGCAGCUGGGCGGCGGCGGCGGCGGCAGCGGCCAGCGGCCCGCGGGGCAGGCGGCGCAGGCGCCGGGAAGCAGCGCAGGCGCCGCGGCAGCCUUCGACCCUUUUUCUUUGGGCGGCGGCGUUGCCGGCGGCGGUGGUGCGGUGCAGUGGCCCGCGCCGACGCCUGCACAGGCGCAGCCCCAGCAGCGGCCUGGCGCCGGGGCUGGCGGCUGGCAAGGAGGCUCCUUGAUAUGA